CAUUCAGGCCACACCUAUUUGAAGUCGCUCUGGAAUAUUAUGAGGAUUUUCAUAAAAGCUGCGUAAAUGGGAAAAUUCAGUUGCAUUUUUUUCAUAUUUCCACAAUUUGGACAGAGAUGAGCAAUGACUCUUGGCUGUGUGAAACACUGAGUCAUUGAUGAUGACUGGAACUUUUAAAAGAUUCACAGUAACGAUGCUGAAACAACUCUCAAGGGGAUGUCGGCUUUCUUACUUGUUACUCGACACCCCGAUGUUUUCGCCCUGUAGGAUUACUGUCAAGAUUGCUUGGAUUGGGCAUGUUUCAAUAUGAUUUUUUAUGAUGGAAUUUAAAUAACAAGACAGAAGCGCAAAACAUCGUCCCGGCAUGUCCGACGUUGGAUAGCAAGCUUUCCUCUGUCUCAACUUUGCUGUCAUGGAUGCCUCCUGGUCUCUUCUUCUGGUGACCGCUGUCCUUCAGAUCUCACUUGGACUGUCCACUGCUCCCAAGUUUUGCAGUGCCCUCCAUCCACUGGAAGCACACCUGAACUUCUCACACAGACUGCAAUAUCUGAAGCAUAACUUCCCGAUUUCAUACACGGUUCCUGUGCAUUAUGAGGAAGUCUUCCGGGUGACCAAUGUGACAAGAUUGCUGAUUCACAAAGGUGUCACAGAGGCUUCCCUCCAGGAGCUCUGGCUCUACAUCAACAAAGAGGUCCUCAAGAAGAUCCUGCAGGUGCUGCCUCAGAAGCAUCCAUCCCGGUCAUACGUCCAGCAGCUUGAACACCUCCUGGGUCUCAUUGAGCAGCUCUUCCCUCAGCCCAAGGAAGAUGAAUGGCCUGAAAAGAUUUAUCAGAUUUAUACAAAUGUGAUGGACCCAUAUCCUGCAGCCUGGAAAAAGGUGACACCUAAAGCACUCCUGGAUAACUGCCUCAGGGUCAUGGAGAAGCUCUUCCCAUGUAUCAACCGAAAGAGAAAACGAAAGCAAAGCACAGACUUAAGUGCCUAAUAAAGUACCUUAGGUUCUGUGGUGGUGCCUGUUGAGUGCUGACCUGGUGGAAACAUUACUUGUAACCCACUUUGGGGUGCCUCAUCCAAUCUAUUGCAUGUUAUCUUCAAUCAGAGCCACUGUGCCACCAUUUCCAUUUGCCACCAUCACUGUGCUACAUAUCACCAGCACUCACAUAUGCUGCCAUCACAGUACUACACACUCCAUGCACUCCUGUGUGCCCCUAUCACGUGCUACAUAUCACCCACACUCCUGCAUGCUGCCAAAUCUUUACUAUUCUUUGGUGCUACAUGUCAACUGCCCUUUGUUUUAUGUUGCACGUGACCUACUUAUCUGUAAUGCAGUUAUUCACCCAACACCUGUCUUCUGUGUGCCAUGUUUUAGUCCAUUUCUCGGUGUCACUACCACCUAAUAUCGACGGCACAUGGCAACUACUAACUGCUUAGUGCUAGUAAGGUAGCUGCUGUGUGUCACCCAGUGUGCUGCCUACACUUAGUUGUUGUGAGCUGCCACUACUGUACUAUACCCUCUCUGCUAGACCUGCUUGUUCUGUGCCAAUAUUGUGCAACACAGUUUCCUGACUUCAUGCUGCAAUGUAGGGCUUCUGUUGUGCUACAAGUCACCUUCACCAGUGUCCACCUUUUACUUUCAACUGCCACUACCAUAUUCUGUUCUGUCAUUGCUGUACGUCACUGCCUUCACUGCACUGUGUGUUACAUGUUGCUUAUUCUACUGUGUCCUGCCUCCACUUGCCAUCACUAUGUGGCACACCACCUUUGCCUCACAGUAUGCUAACUACAUACUAUUGUACAGUUCUGUUUUCACUCCACAUUGCACCACCACCACUUUGGCCAUAUUAUAGUCUGGCAUUGCUGUACAGCACAGUGCCUGCACCACACUGUGCACUUACUUCACUGUUCUCUAUGUUGCCUACACUCCAGUUUAGUAGCUCCACCUGCAUCUCUGUGUGGCACACCUCUUUCCUCUCAUCAUAUGCUGACUACAUACUAUUGUGCACUCCUGUGUGCCGUUUUUACUUCACUCUGCACUGCCAUUCCUGUUCUGCCAUUAGUAAGCAGCAUUCAUCACUCUGCUGUGCACUGCUAUUAGUGUGCUACAUGUCACCUGUGCUCUUAUCUGUGACCUUCACCCAAAUGUGCUCCACAUUACCCUCUCUCUCCACUAUGUGUUGCCAUCACUGUGCAAUGUGACAUCAGUGUUCAGCGGUUUACUAACACUACAGAACAGAAUGCCUCUUUGACUGGAUACCACUGUACAAAUCUCCCCUUGCUUCUAUAUUACUGUACACCACAUCUUCUUGACUCUACACUACCGUGUACACCUUCUUGACUGUGUACUGUAGUGGAACACAUUUUUUCUCCACAGUGCCAUAUACACCCUGCAGUAGAUAGAUCGAUAGAUAGAUAGAUACUUUAUUAAUCCCAGGGGGAAAUUCACAUACUCCAGCAGCAAAAAAUAUUAAAUUAAAGAGUAAUAAAAAAUGCAGGUAAAAAACAGACAAUAACUUGAAUAAUGUUCAACGUUUACCCCCUCUGGUGGAAUUGAAGAGUCGCAUAGUUUGGGGGAGGAAUGAUCUUCUCAGUCUGUCAGUGGAGCAGGACAGUGACAGCAGUCUGUCGCUGAAACUGCUCCUCUGUCUGGAGAUGACACUGUUUAAUGGAUGUAGUGGAUUCUCCAUAAUUGAUAGGAGCCUGCUGAGUGCCCGUUGCUCUGCUACGGAUGUCAAACCGUCCAGCUCUAUGCCAACAAUAGAGCCUGCCUUCCUCAUCAGUUUGUCCAGGCGUGAGGCAUCCUUCUUCUUAAUGCUGCCUCCCCAGCACACCACUGCGUAGAAGAGGGUGCUCGCCACAACUGUCUGAUAGAACAUCUGCAGCAUACUUUUAUAUUUAGCUUGAACAAAUCAUUCCACCUACAAUCCACAUACUAAUUUUGUCAGGAAAAACUCCAUUAAAAUUUGGCAAAAUGGCUGUUGUUGCGGAAGCGUCCCUUGUCUGUCUGUCUGUUAGCUGACAUCUUCUCAAUGCCCUGGCUGUUGUCUUCUCCUGGUGCUGUCAGAUUGCACAGAAGUUCGAAGGGUGGAAGAUUACAGAGGGCCACAAUUCAAAAGUCCCCCGUUUCAGUGGGUUAGCAGUUGUGUUGUUCCAGCAUGGCUGGAGUCCAGUGGUUGUGGGGUUUUCAACUACCGUUGUGUGGGAAAACAUUUUGUAACAUUAAAGUAAUAUUGUUUAGAUACAAUAAACCAACCAGUGUCUAUC